AUGCGGAGUUCGACCCUAUCCCUCGUCUUGCUUUGCAUUCAAGGUCUCUGUUUACUGGUUGCCUCCGAUGUUUCCAUCUCUCUUUCUAGCCAGACAGUGCCCUCCUGCCAGACUGGGCGGGUGGGGGUGACGACAAAGGAGAUUAUAUCCCAGCUGGCCAAACGCAUGAUUACUAUCACUCUGACCACGACAUCGACGGACACAACCGACUGUACAUGUACGGAAACGGCCCUUAGCACGACCGUUAGCACCGAUUGGAUCCAAACGACAACCUCGCUCAUGGCAAGCUCGUCUCCACAAGCCACAGCGUCGCAAACUAGCACCGACGUCCAGUCAACGUCAAUAGACGUCUCAAGCACAACCACUAUACCCGCUUCUACCGAGACUCCUGUCGGUGAUAUCUCCACCGUAACAGACUGGAGGGUGACCACGGUAGUGAGCUUUAUCACACUCGCUCCCAGCGCUCCUACUCCCUUGUCGGGUGGAUCUUUCACGCAAGAUGUGAGCGUGUCGGUUCAAUAUACCACGGUCACGGUCCAUGAUACCGGCUACACAACUCGUUGGGGGACUACAGGACUUUCAAACACGACGCCAAUCAGCCAGUCAAUUCCGUCGUCAAAUAGUGACUCCCCUACCAUGACAGGGAGUGGAGUAUUUGUUUCAGCGAGCUCCGACCAAAGUUCGACGAUCACGGUAUCGAGGACCACGGCAAUAGGUACGAGCGUGAUCGAUAGCUCGCAAGUGGACCUAUCGACAUCAAACACACCCAGUCUGCCGAGCGAAUCUGCUCCGGAUGAAGCUCCCAAUUCAGAUCCAAGCGCGUCAACUCAAUACGCCACAGUUACAUUUCACGAUACCAGCUAUGUGACCAGUUGGACAAUGACCAACGUUCCAAGCAAUACGGCGGUCACGCAGUCAACUCCCACAUCGUCCAGCGACCCAUCUAAGCUCUCAGAAGAUCAAGUCACGCUCUCAUCACGUACGAGCCCUGCCGGAAAUUCCACAAUCGUAGUAUCAACUACCACCGUCGUAGUCUAUACGAGCGCUACUGAGAGCCCACAAGGGGGUCUAUGGAUUACGGUUCUACCCACUACAACAGGCGACGCGGCACCUUUAUCGUCUCUUCCGCUACCUACGAGUCCAGGUAACCCCUCAGGCCAGCCCACAGAGGAAGGACCCGACUCUAGCCUAGUCGCCUCUCAGUCCAAUACAGGCGGCUCCAGGGUAUCUACCGAUCAAAUUUCGAUCGAUCAUGCGACUGAACAGGAACUAAGUUCGAGAGUCCAGUCGUCGACGGAGCUGUUUGUCACCCCGGCCAAUCCUGUGCCUCUUUCCGGAAGUCCCAGCGAUGGGCAGGCUCAAACUAAUGAUAGAAGUGCCGCGUUGUCUUCGACAUCGGUUUCCCCCAACUCAUCGCUUUCCAUCUGCCCGACCAGAGUCAUCAAUCCAACGUACACACCGACAUCACGGCCACCUCGCGACUACACCUGGGGCUGCCCGCCAAACUUUCUUUGUAACCCAUCCAAGAGAACGGCUAACGGUGAAUGCAACUUUGAAGCUGGGCCACCGGCCGACACCUAUUACUGUGCGCCCGAGGAGUGUAUUCCCAGUCCCCCGCUGCCUAGUACUUCAUUUCAGGGCUCGACGACGUCGUCCGGCCAAAUACGAUUCACUGUGGCUCCGGGAUUUAUCAACUUAAGCCCUCUCCAGUUCGGGCUUGGGUACGAUAUUUUCGAGUUUCCCGAACCGCGAGUAAAUACCCAACGAGACCUGAACAUUCCGGGAAAGUGCUAUGGUCCGUGUAACGAUGCGAUGGAGGCGGCCGAAUCAAUUACCAAGACCCAGAAGCUGUGCUCUCCAGGUUCUCCAUUCCAAGUGUCCCAUCGCGCUUGCAAAUCCUGUGUGGACUCCGGCUCGGGAGUGCGCACUACGAGUUCAGCUCUUCCGGAAUUCCAACAAUUCCUUUUCUAUUGUGAGGGAUCGACCAUCGCUACGUCGACAAUCCAAUCCCACUCAGCCACAUAUAGCAGAGGGCGGAGCUCUUCAUCUAUCUUUUCGGCAACAGGAACUAGAGAUACCGUAUAUUCGAAUUUCAAGCAAACCGUCAAAAUGGGGGCAUUUACGAUCCCUCCUGGAAAGGCCACGUCUACAUCACGCAUCGGGUCAACUUCUUCCCAUCUUCCAGCGUCGCCAACAGGCCACUUGGUUUACACGGGUGGAGCCUUCCACUACCCAGCACGCUCCUUCUGGGAAGUUAUGAGUGUUUUCCUAUUCUGUGUUUGGUUUACCUUUUAA